GUGAUGGCGGCGGCAGCGGCGGCGGCGGCGGCGGCUCCGGGGCCGUGCGGGGCGGGGGGCCCCCGCGUGUCCAGCGGCCGGGACCUGAGCUGCGUCCCGGAGGUGGCGGAAACGCUGGGGGCCGUGGCCCGGCAGGGGUUCGAUUUCCUGUGCAUGCCGGUCUUCCACCCGCGCUACCGCCGGGAAUUCAGCCACCAGCCGGCCCGCGGCCGCCCCGGCCCCCACACCCGCUCCGACCUGCUGCUCUCGGGGAGAGACUGGAACACGCUGAUCGUGGGGAAGCUCUCCCCCUGGAUCCGCCCUGACGCCAAGGUGGAGGCGGUCCGCAGGAACUCGGAGGCGGCAAUGCUGCAGGAGCUGAACUUUGGGGCGUACCUGGGGCUCCCUGCAUUCCUGCUGCCCCUGACACAGGGCGAGAACCCCAACUUGGCCCGGGUGCUGAGCACCCACAUCCACACCGGGCACCACAGCACCAUGUUCUGGAUGCGGGUCCCUCUGCUGGCCCCCGAGGAUCUGCGGGACGACCUGAUCGAGAACGAGCCGGUGCCAGUACCCGAGGACGGCUCGGGGGACGAGAAGACGUGGAUAUGGUGGCAUAAUUUCCGGACUCUCUGUGACUACAACAAGCGCAUCGCAGUGGCUCUGGAGGUGGGGCCAGACCUGCCCUCCAAUCAUGUCAUCGACCGCUGGCUGGGGGAGCCAAUCAAAGCGGCCAUCCUGCCCACUAGUAUUUUCCUGACCAAUAAGAAGGGGUUUCCCGUCCUCUCCAAGAUGCACCAGCGCCUGGUCUUCCGCUUGCUCAAGCUGGAGGUGCAGUUCAUCGUGUGGGGCGCUCACCACCACCCCGAGAAGGAGUUCUGCUCCUACCUGCAGUACCUGGAGUACCUGAGCCAGAACCGGCCCCCCCCUUCCGCCUACGAGCUCUUCGCCAAGGGCUACGAGGACUAUCUGCAGUCCCCCCUGCAGCCCCUGAUGGACAACCUGGAGUCCCAGACCUACGAGGUCUUUGAGAAGGACCCUAUCAAAUACUCCCAGUACCAGCAGGCGAUCUACAGGUGCCUGCUGGACCGGGUGCCUGAAGAGGAGAAGGAGACGAAUGUGCAGGUGGUGAUGGUGCUGGGGGCUGGCCGGGGCCCCCUGGUCAAUGCCACGCUACGGGCGUCCCGCCAGGCCAGCCGGCGGGUCAAGAUCUAUGCCGUGGAGAAGAACCCCAAUGCUGUGGUGACACUGGAGAGCUGGCAGUACGAGGAGUGGGGAUCGCAGGUGACCGUGGUCUCGUCCGACAUGCGGGAGUGGUCAGCACCUGAGCAGGCCGAUCUCCUGGUGUCGGAGCUGCUGGGCUCCUUUGCCGACAAUGAGCUGUCCCCCGAGUGCCUGGACGGGGCACAGCACUGCCUGCGGGCGGGCGGCGUGAGCAUCCCCAGCACCUACACGUCCUUCUUGGCUCCCAUAUCAUCCUCCAAGCUGUACAACGAGGUGCGGGCCUGUCGCGAGAAGGACCGGCACCCCGAGGCGCAGUUCGAGAUGCCCUACGUCGUGCGGCUCCACAACUUUCACCAGCUGGCACCACCCCAGCCCUGCUUCACCUUCCACCACCCGCACCCAGACCCGGCGCGGGACAAGAGCCAGUACCGGCAGCUGGAGUUCGCAGUGGAGGUGAACACGGUGCUGCACGGCUUCGCCGGCUACUUCGAGACCACGCUCUACGGCGACAUCACGCUCAGUAUCCGGCCCGAGACGCACUCUCCCGGCAUGUUCUCCUGGUUCCCCAUCUUCUUCCCCAUCAAGCAGCCGCUGGCGGUGCGCGCGGGCGAGCGCGUGCGCGUGGCCUUCUGGCGCUGCGCGGGCCCGCGCAAGGUGUGGUACGAGUGGGCGGUGACGGCGCCCGGCUGCUCUGCCCUGCACAACCCGAGCGGCCGCUCCUCCACCAUCGGCCUGUGAGCGGCCGCCACGUCACUGAGAGCCCGCCCCCCGCUCCUCCGUCUAGGCCUAUGAGCGGCCGCGACAUCACCGGGGGCGGGGCUGAGCCGAGACCCCGCCCGCGCGGCGCUCCCGCUCCCCUUUGUCCCGGUCCGAGCGUUUCAAUAAAGCUUCUGUCACGGCCCCUGUCUGCGUCUGUCUGCGGGGGGGGAGGGGGGCGCCCUCGCGUUGUCAUGGUAACUGGCUCCCUGCGUGCUGUCUGCAGCCGCUCUUCGUUCCGGGCCAAUCAGCGUUGCUGCUGUGAGCCAAGUCCCGGCCUUGCCUUCAUAGUCAACCAAUCAGGGUGGCCCCGC